AUGGGCGCAGCAAAUACGAAAUGUAUCUCGGAAAAUAGAGUAUUAUCGAAAAACAAAGCAACUUUUAGAAUAAAAAAACAAUUUUCAAAUUCUUCAAAUUCCUCCUCUUCCUCCUCAUACAAAAAAACAUUAAACUGCUCAGAAUGUAAACAACCAACUAUAGAAAAUAAUUUGAUGAUUGGUGGUGAAUGGUGUAAUUCUUGUGGUUUCAGUAAUGUUUAUUUUGGUAAUUGGAAAGAUGGUAACCUAUUACAAUGGGAUUGUAAGAAAAAACAAUGGAUUAGAAGUUCUGACAUGGUUGUUACUCUAAAAUCUUUAAAAUCUUUUGUAAACAACGAAGAUGACUUUUUUUCAGAGCAAAAACGUUCUUUAGAAGUUUGCACGACGUUCCGUGCCUCUGAUUUCAUAAAUAAAAACAACAAUAAUGGCACAGAAAAGAAUGAGGGGGGAAAGGAUAAGGGAGAAGUUUUAUUUCAUCGUUCAGAUACAUCAUUACAUCGACAAAAAUCAGCUGAUACAUAUAAAUCCAAUGAAUCCUUUAUACAUCAUAACGUGAAUCUUGAACAAUUACGAACACCUUCGAUGAUCGAAUCUGGUCGUACAGCGAUCUAUACAGAUUUACUAAAAAGGAAACAAAAAGCUGCAGAUCGAUUCUUUUUUUAUAUUGAGCCUGAUAACUCAGCCGCUACUAUAAUAGAAUGUGAAUUAUCGCCAAAAAAGUUUGACGACGAUAAACAAGAUAUUAUUAAUGAAAAACAUUACACUGAUUACGAUGACUAUAAUGACAAUUAUGAAGAUUAUGAAGAUCCAUUGAUGGAUGGUAGAAACAAAAUUUACACAACUCAACAACCAUUUCGACGUUGGAAGCUUCCAAUGGAAAUUUUUGGAAGGCUUGAAAGUCACAGGCCUUCUAAUAGUUUAUGUGCCAAUAAAAUUCAAAAUAAUUAA